AUGCUCAUAACCAAUGGCUGUUUUCUAUCUGAUUCCAUUCUGGAGGUUAAAAACCGAACCGCCAGAAUUCCUAUUGAAGACAUUAAAUGUGAAAUAAAAGAAGAGCCUGAAGAUGAUGAAACAUGGCAGCAUGAUUUAGAACAGCAUAUGCUGGUACAUAGUCAUGAUUGCCCAUUUUGUUCAGACACUUUUAGAGAUUCAAGCGCCUUAGAUAUACAUCUGAAAAUUCAUGCAGAUGAAAAGCCUUUUGUGUGCACAAUUUGCAAUAAAGCAUUUGCAGUAAAAUUUGAUUUUGAUCAACACGUUUGUAAUGGAGAGACAACUUCAACAUUGAAUAAAUUAUCUGAUAAUCAAAAACAAAGUAAGAGUACAGAGAGAUCACAUAAAUGUAAAGUAUGUAAUAAGAGUUUCGAAUAUCUAAGUUACUUGAAAAAGCAUAUGCUUAUUCACACUAAUGAGCGUCCUUACGAAUGUGAAAUAUGCAAUAAGACAUUUAGACAAUUGUCCGUCUUGAGAGCACAUAAACUUAUUCACAGUGGGGUUCGUUCUUAUAAAUGUGAAAUAUGCUCGAGGACAUUCACACACAUGAGUAGCUUGAGUGCACAUAAACUCAUUCACAGUGGGGAACGACCUCACAAAUGUGAAACAUGCAAUAAGACAUUUGCUCGAGUGAAUACUUUGAAUAGACAUGUGCUUAUUCACACUGGAGAAAGGCCUCACAAAUGUGAAAUAUGCGAUAAGGCAUUCACACAAUGGACAAUUUGA